AUGCCUUUCACCAAGCUUGUCAAAAAUAGCGCCUACUAUAGUCGCUACCAAACCAAGUACAAGCGUCGUCGAGCAGGAAAGACCGACUACUACGCCCGCAAGCGUCUUAUCACUCAGGCCAAGAACAAAUACAACGCUCCCAAGUACCGCCUCGUUGUCCGCUUCACCAACAAAGAUAUUAUCUGCCAGAUCGUCACCUCGGAGAUCACGGGUGACAAGGUAUUCUGCGCCGCCUACGCUCACGAACUCAAGCGUUAUGGUGUCAAGCACGGCCUCACCAACUGGGCAGCCGCCUACUGCGUUGGGCUUCUGAUCGCUCGUCGCGCUCUCUCAAAGCUGGAACUCGCUGAUACAUUCACUGGCGUUGAAGAGGCGGAUGGCGAAUACAAGCUCACUGAAGCUGCCGAGCACGAUGGCGAGGACCGUCGCCCAUUCAAGUGCUUCCUCGACGUCGGCCUCGCUCGUACCUCUACUGGUGCUAAGGUCUUCGGAGCCUUGAAGGGAGCAUCAGACGGAGGCAUCUUAAUCCCCCACUCCGAAAACCGAUUCCCCGGCUACGACAUCGAAACCAAAGAGCUCGACGCCGAGUCCCUACGCAAAUACAUCUUCGGCGGUCACGUAGCAGAGUAUAUGGAGACUCUCGCCGAUGACGACGAGGAGCGCUACAAGUCGCAGUUCCAGGGCUACAUUGAUGAUGAGAUCGAGGCUGAUGGGCUUGAGGAGAUGUAUCAGGAGGCCCAUAAGGCUAUUCGAGAGGAUCCGUUUAUGAAGGACGAGGAGGAGGGAGAGGAAGAGAAGAAGUCGAAGGAUGAGUGGAAGGCGGAGAGCAAGAAGCAUAAGCUGCCUAAGAUGAGCUAUGAGGAGAAGCAGGAGAGGGUCAAGGCGAAGAUUGGGAAGGUCAAGGAGUCGAUGUGA